GCUGCCCCGCCCUCUUUUUGUCCCAAAAGCGGAUUUCUAACCCCAUUUCCAGCCCCAUUCCCGGGGGCCGUGUCCCUGCUGAUGUUCCCGGGCCCCGAGGAGCGACAUUAAAUCCGGGCCGCGCGUGACGGCGGGAGGGGGUUUGGGAACAGCUGCAGGGACAAAGGGCUCUCCGCUCCCACGCGCAGCCCGGGCUUUAAUUAAAACAAAAGCGAUUGAAGCCGCCGGGGUCCGCCGUGCCCAGCGCAGGUGACAGCCCCCGGCAGAGCCCCGCGGAGCCGGGCGAGCGCCCUCCCCGAGGAUGAAUUCCAGCGCUUUGUCCCGGCCGAACAAAUGAAACCUUUCAGCGGAGGAGAAAUCAAACCCGGCCGAACAAAUGAAACCUUUCAGCGGAGGAGAAAUCAAACCCGGCCGGCCCGGCGCUGGCGCGGGCCCAGCCCAGCUCGGGUGUCGCGGUGAAUGUUUCACGGCGUGGGCCGCACGGGGACCGCUCCCCCCGCGUCCCUCGGCGCUGGCCGGAGCCCGGGCCCCCCCGGAGCCCCCCGAACAUCCCGUGGGCGUCCCGGGCCGCUUCUCCCCGUUCCGAUCGCCCGGAGCGCGGCUGGACCCGCGCACACCCAGCCCGGAGGUGGGAUUAGGCCGGGCUGUGGCUGAUCCCCUCCCAGCAGCCCGGCUUUAUAAAUCCCCGGCGGCCGCCGGGCGCGGCACCCGAGGGUGCCCGGGGCGGCCGCGAUGGCGCAGCAGCGCCGUGUCCCGCUGUCCACGCAGCGCCCCGGCAGCACCGUGUGCGUGCUGGGCACCGAGCUGGCCCUGGACGUGUGCGGCUCGGCCCCGCGGGGCGCCGCCUCCUUCCAGGCGCAGGCCACGCCGGGCGUGAAGCUGUGGGUGCUGCACGAGGCGCGCAGCGUGAAGCUGCCCUCGAGCGUCGGCCGCUGGCCCCUGGCGCCCGGCCCCGAGCUGCUGCUGGCCAUGGAGCGCCCCAGCAAGGACGCGGGCGACGAGAAGGUCAGGAUUUCCUAUUUCCGCGAGGCCGGCGGGGUCCCCGUGGGCCGGGCCCUGCUCUACCUCACCUGUGUGGAGGUGUCGCUGGACGCUGAUGUCACCCGCAGCGGGGCCGUGAGCCGGACACUGCUGGACAAGGCCAGCUGGACGUGGGGCCCCGAGGGCCACGGGGCCGUGCUGCUCGUCAACUGCGACCGCGACGACCCCGGCGCCGAGGGCCUGGACAACGAGGACAGCGCCGUGCGCUCCUACAACGACCUGCAGGACAUGGCGCAGCUGGUGCUGAGGACGCGCGGGCCCCGCGCCACCUUCGCCGGGCACCGCCUGCUGCUGCACCUGGACUUCGGCGACGCCGACAAGAUCAGGGUUUUCUACGGGGGCAACGGCGCGGAGCUGGAGAUGUUCAAGCCCGUCCUGGGGGGCUCCAAGCUGGCCUACACCGUGCGGCCGAGCCGGCACCACCACGAGAGCGUCUUCUACGUGGAGGGCCUGGCCUUCCCCGACGUGGCCUUCUCGGGCCUCGUGUCCCUGCACGUCACCCUGCUCGAGAGCCCCGAAAAGGGGGGCUGGGACAGCGGGGACAGAUGCCAGACUCCAUCCCCGCCAUCCCAGGGUGUCCUGGAGUCUCCGAUCUUCACGGACUCCGUGGUGUUCCGCGUGGCUCCCUGGAUCAUGACGCCCAACACGGCGGCGCCGCUCGAGGUCUUUGUCUGCAGCGUGGACGACAACGAGGAGUUCGUGGCGGCCGUGGGCGCGCUGGCCGAGCGGGCGCAGUGCCCGCUGACCGUGUGCCCGGCGCCGCAGAACCGCCAGGACCGCUGGAUCCAGGAUGAGGUGGAGUUUGGCUACAUCCAAGCCCCCCACAAGACCCUCCCCGUGGUCUUCGACUCACCCCGGGACCGCGGCCUGAAGGAUUUUCCCGUCAGGAGCAUCCUGGGCCCCGAUUUUGGCUACGUGGCCCGGCAGGCUCCAGAGGGCGCUUCCAGCCUGGAUUCUUUCGGGAAUUUGGAGGUGAGCCCGCCCGUGACGGUGCGGGGCAAGGAGUACCCCUUGGGGCGCAUCCUGAUCGGCAGCAGCUUCCCCAGGGUGGGCGGCCGCAGGAUGGCCAAGGCCGUGCGGGAUUUCCUGGUGGCCCAGAAGGUGCAGGCGCCCGUGGAGCUCUUCUCGGACUGGCUCCACGUCGGGCACGUGGACGAGUUCCUGAGCUUCGUCCCUGCACCCGACCGGAAGGGAUUCCGGCUGCUCCUGGCCAGCCCCAGCGCCUGCUACCAGCUCCUGAAGGAGAAGCAGGAGGAGGGGUUCGGCGAGGCUGCGAUGUUCCAGGGGCUGGACAGGGUGCCCAAGCCGACCAUUAACGAGAUCCUGGCUAACGAGGAGCUCCGCAGGUUCAAUGACUACGCCCAGAGCUGCAUCAGCUGGAACCGGGACAUCCUGAAGCGCUCGCUGGGCCUGGCUGAGCCGGACAUCCUGGACAUCCCGCAGCUCUUCCAGAGCAACGCCGCCUCGGGGGCCGAGGCCUUCUUCCCGGACAUGGUGAACAUGCUGGUGCUGGGCCGGCACCUGGGCAUCCCCAAGCCCUUCGGGCCCGUGGUGGGCGGGCGCUGCUGCCUGGAGCAGCGCGUGCGGGAGCUGCUGGAGCCGCUGGGCCUCUCCUGCACCUUCAUCGACGACUUCUUCUCCUACCACGUCCUGCUGGGCGAGGUCCACUGCGGCACCAACGUGCGCCGCAAGCCCUUCGCCUUCAAGUGGUGGCACGCGGUGCCCUGAGGCGGCUCCGGCCCCUCCGCGUCCCCUCCUGCCCCGUCCCCGUCCCGUCCCCGCCAAGUGCCUUCGGUGGCGGAAAUAAAUCCGGGCUGCGGCCGCGGGGGCUCUGCGGGGCUCUCCCGGCACCGGGAGAACGCUGGACUGCUUAAACUGGCGGGGAAUGGCGUGGGGCUCUGGAAUUGCUGUCCUGGUGCCAAGAUCCACGGGGGAUCAGGGAAUUAUGGAAUCAUGGAAUUAUAGAACCGUGGGAUGGUUGGGAUGGAGGCACCUUCAAGCUCAUCCAUUCCUGGGGCAGGGACACCUCCCACUGUCCCAGGUGGCUCCCAGCCCCUGUGUCCAGCCUGGCCUUGGGCACUGCCAGGGAUCCAGGGGCAGCCACAGCUGCUCUGGGAAUUCCAUCCCAGCCCCUAUCCCCCUCUCAGGGAAGGAUUUAUCCAAAUAUCCCAAUCCUCAUUGCCCCUCUUGUUUGAAGCCAUUCCCUGUGUUCUGCCCCUCCGUCAGCUUCUCCUCUCCAGGUGAGCAUUC